AUGUUGGAAGGCCUGGUCGCCAAUCUAUUGAAUCGCUUCCUAUCAUCCUACGUGAAGAAUUUUGACGCCAAACAGCUGAAUAUUGGGAUCUGGUCUGGCGAUGUCAAGCUUCGCAAUUUGGAGCUUCGCCGAGAGGCGCUCGACCAGCUUCGUCUUCCUUUGAACGUGGUCGAGGGUCGUCUUGGUCAGCUCACAUUGUCGAUUCCCUGGUCCAAUCUUCGAGGCAAGCCGGUCAAGGUCCAUAUCGAAGAUGUCUUUCUCCUCGCAGCCCCCAAAGAGGACGCAGAUUACGACCCGGAGGAGGAAGAUAGGAGAGCCCAUAUGUUGAAGAUGGAAAGAAUCGAUGGCGCGGAGAUCAUCCGUGAACGAAAUGCGGAGGGCAUGAGCCAGGAAGAACAGCGCCGAAACCAGAGCUUCACCCAAAGCAUGAUCACAGCCGUCGUCGACAACCUUCAAAUCUCGAUUAAGAACGUCCACCUUCGCUAUGAGGAUUCCGUCGCAUCUCCCAAUCACCCGUUCGCUGUCGGCGUCACGUUGAAGGAGCUGAGUGCUGUUAGUACUGACGCGGAGUGGAAUCCCACUUUUAUUCAGUCCACAUCGGAUACGACACAUAAAUUGGCUGUUCUUGGUGCAUUGUCUGUAUACUGGAAUACAGAUGCGACUCUCCUGGGCACCGGAAGAGGAAGUGAUAUAGGCGCUGAGGCUCAAGGCAUUGAACACGAGGACUUGAUGAAUAGACUGCGCGAGGGAAUCGACAAUGGCGAAGGCAAUCAGUUCAUGCUUCGUCCUGUUAGUGGACGUGCAGGUCUGGAGCUCGACAAGUCAGGUAAAUACGACCGCCCCGCCAUGAAAGCUAGAUUACUCUUUGAUGAACUGGGGUUCGUCUUGGACGACAACCAAUACCGAGAUGCUCUGAUGUUAGUGGAUCUCUUCCACUACUUCAUCCGUCAUCAAGAGUAUAAGCGAUAUCAACCCAAGUGUUCGGUAAAGGAAGAUCCUCGAGCGUGGUUGAAAUUUGCAGGACAGGCUGUUCUAACCAAGAUCCACGAUCGGAACAAGAGAUGGACUUGGGAAUUCAUCAAGCAACGCAGAGACGAUCGCAUUGCCUAUAUUGACCUUUUCAAGAAAAAGAAGCGGGAAGAGGCCUUUACUCCGGAGGAGACCCAAACAAUGGACAAGCUUGAACAUAAGCUCAGCUACGAAGAUAUCCGCUUCUGGCGGUCCUUGGCCCGGAAUCAACUACGCAAAGAGAAUGUAGGGAUUAAAAAGCCAGCCAAGCAGCAAUCGUGGUCCGAAUGGCUCUGGGGUACUCAGAAACCUGAUACCGAAGAACCAAGCAUGACCGAGGAGCAACGGCAAGAGCUUUACAGUGCUAUUGAUUGGGAUGAGAAGAAGGCGUUAGCAGAGGAUGUCGAUGUUCCCCGCGAAUGGGUCAAGCUCCAGAUAAACUGGAGUCUGCGCGCGGGUAGCUUCACGCUUAAGCAAGACCCUCAUGGUGCUGCAAAUGAAGUCAUGAAGUUGGUGUUCGAUAACUUCCGAGCAAAGGCACUGCAGCGCCCGGAUUCUUAUCUUCUUGAUCUCGACCUAGGUGGUUUGAAGAUGUAUGAUGGUACAACUCCUGGCACUCUUUACCCUCAGAUUGUCAAGGUCAAGGAUUCGCUUCCCGAUUCCUCUCAGCAACGCAGCACAGAUGACGAUGAACUCGCCUCAGAAGCUAGUGCAGAUGACCUCGUCGACGAGGACAGUCUGUUCCAUCUUCAGCUAGAGAAGAAUCCACUCGAAAGCGACGCAGACUCAGCAGUCAAUGUCAAAUUGAAGAGUAUCGAAGUCAUUUACAACCCUCGAUUCUUGGUGGGAAUUGUGAAGUUCUUUGAACCACCACAGCGGCAUAUGGAAUCCAUCGGAGCUCUUUUAGACACUGCAGGAGCCACCGUCGAGGGCAUUCGUCAACAAACUCGGGCAGGUUUGGAGUUUGCUUUAGAGGAGCACAAGAAGGUCGAUGCGCACUUCGAUGUCCACGCUCCUUUGAUCAUCAUCCCUGAAAGUAUCACCCAAGAAAGUUCACUUUGUCUGAUCCUCGAUGCGGGUCAUGCUAGUGUCAACAGUGAGCUUGUUGAUCGACAAGCGAUGCGAGAUCUCCAAUCUAAGCAGAAACGGCAGUACGAGGAAGAAGAUUACAAGCAGCUUGAGCAUUUGUUGUAUGAUCGAUUCCUCAUUAAGUUGGACUCAACGCAGCUGCUGAUUGGACCUGGAGUGGAUGCAACCAAAGCUCAGCUUACCUCUGACGUUGAAUCGAAGAAUUUCCACAUUAUUGACCGGAUCAAUGUGGACUUUGUUCUGGAGAUGUGCAUCGUCCCGAAGGUAACCCAACUCACGCGGACGCGUAUAUCAGGAAACCUGCCUGAGUUACAUGCGUCCAUGUCGGAUACCAAGUACAAAGGUCUCAUGAAGCUCAUCGACAUCGCGAUCCCGCACUUUGACGAGGGUGCCCCUUCUGGCCAACAGCCCACCCCGUCUACUGAAGACAAAGCCACUACACGAGCACGAUCGGCAUCAUUCCAGCCUACAGCCCUAAGACAACUUCCGGUUGUAGAUGACGAGUUUGAAGCUGAAUCGGAGAAUGAGAAUGCUCAAAAGAGCCUUGAUACUACCAGUAAUAUUCAUCGUCGUGACUUUGAAUUCAAAUUCAACGUCGGCCGAUUGCGGGGCUCACUCUUCCGGUCGGACUCGCAAGAUCCCCGCAAAGAUCAGUUACUGGUGGAGCUGGUCGCUGAAGGGUUCGAGUUAGAUUAUUACAUGCGCCCCUACGACAUGGUUGCCGAGGUCAUCCUCAAAUCUUUGAGUGUGGAUGACUAUAUUGAAGAAAACCCGCUGCCAGAGUUCAAAAGAAUCGUCUCGUCAAAGGGAUUCAAUGCCGAUGAAGAUAGAGACCUCUUCCACUUAAAGAUGGUGCGCGUCAAACCGGAAUCUCCUGAGUUUGAGUCAACUUACGAGGGAAUUGCCAUGAACCUUGACAUCUCAGUUUCUACAAUCAAUCUGGUAGUGACAAGAAAAACACUGCUUACGCUGUUGGACUUCAUUCUUUUGACAUUCACAAACCCGCAACCACCUGCCGAAGAGACCACCCAGCCAGACAAGGCUAUACAGGAAGCGGCCGACGCUGAUCAGAAGCCUCAGCAAGCCGGAAAGCUCCGCAUCAAAUCCAACUUGAAGAGUAUUGCUUUGAUCCUUAACAACGAUGGUGUCCGCUUGGCUACGUUGAGUCUGAAUACUGCCGAUGUUGGAAUCUUCCUUGUUGGCCGGACAAUGGUUAUUCAAUCUCGCAUUGGUAGUCUGACUCUGGUGGAUGAUGUCAACCUGGGUGCAUCGGAAGAAUCUGAUGUUCGACGCCUUUUGACCAUUGAGGGUGAUAAUUUUGCCGAUUUCAAGUAUGAGACCUUUGAUCCCGAAAGCGAGACAUACCCUGGCUACGACUCGGAGGUUUACUUGCGAUCUGGUUCAAUCAAGAUCAAUUUCCUGGAAGAGCCGUAUCGGAAGAUUAUCAACUUCUUGGUCAAGUUUGGCAAGAUGCAAGCCAUCUUUAAUGCCGCUCGUCAAGCUGCAGCGAACCAAGCCAACCAGCUCCAAGAAAAUGCAUCGCGUAUGAGACUUGAUGUAGUUGUCAAGACUCCGAUCCUAGUAUUCCCAAGGAUCAUGACUAACGACCGCCCCCGCGACACAAUCACUGCUCACCUGGGUGAAAUCUAUGUCAAGAACGAUUUUGUGCCUAUGGAUGAUACGAAGGAUAGUCCUGCUGUGAAUGUGAUUUCAACUGGUGUGCGCAAUAUUCGCUUGACAUCCAAGUUCCACUUCCCAGACGGCCUAGAAGAAGAGCUUGAAAUGAUUCAGAAGGUCAAUCUCGAUUUCAGUAUAUGCUACCUGGAACACCAGAAAGACAACGCACGGCCAGACAUGGAGGUCGAGGGAUCUUUGUCGCCAAUCAACCUUCGCAUCUCUCAGGCGCAACUCAAGUUCCUCCUGGCAUUAUCAAAGUCAAUUCCCGGUGCCUUUGCCACUGAUGCAGAGCAGCAGGAACUGGAGGCUUUGAAAGCUCUACCAUCAUCUGUCACUGAGCCUAUGACCACAUCUAAGGCUGUUCAAGCCGAGAAAGAGCAGCAGUCAAGCAUCGCUGACGAUGGUGCAAGCAAAGAGAUAUGGGUCAGACUUGACAUGAUUUUCAAGGUGGAUAGUGUUGGACUUGAGCUUAUUCUUGCUAACGACGAUCAGCCUGUUGGACGUCUGGAAGACUCAAGCUUGUCUAAGUUCUCUCUUAACGACACGAGGGUUAAACUUCGUAUGCUUACCGAUGGCUCUCUCGAAUCGGAGCUUUUGAUUCACUCAUUCUCCAUUCGCGACAGCCGUCGUCAGGACUCGAAUAAAUUCAGAAACAUCAUGUCAUUGAUAAAUAACGAUGUUCAGCAACAGUUUAUGGCGAGCGUGACUAUGUCUCCUGGGCCAGAUAAGCAUUUGAUUGCAAUGCUCACUAUUGACAGUCCGCGAAUCAUGUUUGCGUUGGACUACCUCUCAGCCUUACAAGCAUUCAGCAAUUCUGCGUUCGCAUCUGAAGAAGCUCCUCCGGUAGUGGAAGAAGUGGAAGAUGACGUUGACUCGACCGAAACUUCAGACGAAGCUUCAGAGCGUGUCAGUUCCGACAAGUCUGCUGCUGAGGCUUCCGGAGACGCUCAGAACGGAUCUAUGACAGUAUCGUUCCGUGUGAACCUGGUGGACGCUCAAGUGAUUAUGGUGGCAAAUCCUGCAAUUCCUCAUUCCGAAGCAAUUGUCCUUGGAACGAAGCAGAUCCUCCUCUCACAACAGAACGUCUUUACGUUGCAAGUUCAGAAACUUGGCAUGUUCUUGUGCCGCAUGGACAAAUUUGAGACAAGCAGACUCCGUAUCCUGGACGAUUUUACCCUCGAGCUGUCGAUCGAUAGCCGAACACAGGACAGAGGAUCUGCUCUUACCUCGAUCGAAGUUCACGUGGAGCCUCUUGUUCUUCGUCUGUCUUUACGUGAUAUUCUCAUGGCAAUCCAGAUUGUCAAUAAGGCCUCCGAAUUGCGGGCCCAAGGUGCCCCUCAGGUCGAAAGUGGAGAACAAAAGAAGAUUGCUGAUUCUAAAGCCACCACACGUGCUCGGUCUGCUAGCAAGACAUCUUCUACUGGCGGCCAAAGAGGGCGCCGUGCGGCCAGCCAAACGGCAAAAACGCAAGACAAACCUGCGCUGCCUACAAGCUCGGCUGUUCUCAAGCGCGAGGAGCUGGCGGCCAAGGUUGACGGCGUUCGUGUCAUCUUGAUCGGGGACCUGCAUGAUCUUCCAUUGCUUGAUUGGAGUGUGAAGAAGUUCAACGUUGAUGUGCGCGACUGGUCAUCGACACUGAGUGUUGACACAAACUUCGAGACAUUCAUCAAUGUGUUCAAUUUUUCAAAGUCGGCCUGGGAGCCCUUGAUUGAGCCUUGGCAACUGGGGUUCCAUAUGGCGAAGGAGAUCAGCCCAAAUGUAUUCUCGAUCGACGCUUACUCCCACAAGAACAUGGAGCUGACAUUGACAUCCGCCACUAUUGCCCUUGCUUCUAAGUCUUUCCAAUUUCUCUCGACGGAUGAAGAUGUCCUGUCCAAGCCUAGAGGCGCAGAUGCUCCCUACAGAAUUCGCAAUUAUACAGGUUUCGAUCUUCAUGUGUGGGCUGAUGUCAGCUCUGGCGAGGAUGGCCCCGCUGCGAAAUUGGCCGAUGGUGAGGAAUACCCCUGGCGAUUUGAAGAAUCCACAGCUAUUCGGGAGACCCUUUCUCCGGAGGGUCAGGGCGGAAUUGUCGGUGUCAAACUGGAAGGAAGUGGCUUCGACAGCAUCAACCGUAUUCCUGUUGUUCGAGAGGGAGAGAUCCUGUAUAAUCUGAAGCCCAAGCGAGACAAUAUUCUCCAUCGCCUCCUUGUAGAGGUCAAACUCGGCGCUGAUAACGUCAAGUAUAUCACAUUCCGCUCGCCGCUUCUGGUGGAAAACAACACUCAGAUCCCAGUUGAACUGGGUGUGUAUGAUCGCGAAGAGGGUCAUCUCCUCAAGAUCGAAAAGGUCCUACCUGGUGAUGCACGUCCCGCGCCGGUUGGAUCGGCUUUUCUACAUUCAGUCGUUGUUCGGCCCGACCAAGGUUUCGGCUAUGACUGGUCGAAUGAACAACUUUUCUGGAAGGACCUCAUUCGUCGCCCUACAAGAACCGUCAAGUGCGUCAGCGACAGUGGACAGCAAGCUCCUCCCUUCUACUUCCAAGUCAAUGCCACGUAUGAUGGCAAGGAUUCUCUUUCAAGCUCUUAUCCCUACAUGAGGGUUCGUAUCCAUGCUCCAGUGGAGAUUCAAAACCUUUUGCCGUUUGAUUUCAAGUACCGUAUUUAUGACAAGAAUACCAAGAAAGACUGGACAAAUUUCUUGAGGAAAGGUGGGGUCAGCCCUGUUCACGUUGUGGAACUGUCCCAUCUGCUCUUACUGAGCAUCGAUUUGGAAGAUGCAGUGUUCCGACAGAGCGAGUUUGCCAUAAUCAAUGGGAAUGCACAAGACUACCGGAGAGAGCAUAGCUUGUCUUUGAAGGACGAGAGAGGGCUCCAACUUAAAUUGAAACUGCAUUAUUUCAACGUCCCCAACAGUGGUGGUGCUUUCAAGGUCUCCGUCUACAGUCCUUACCUUAUUUUGAACAAGACUGGUCUACCUAUGGACAUCCAGAGCAAAGCUUUCCUCCAGGCCGCACGCAGUGUCGCUGGACAGGGCCUACGGGUCGAUCCCAGAGACGGCGGUCGUGCGCUUCCUUACAUGUACUCCUACGCGACCGACGACCAAAAGAAUCGGUCUAUUCUCAAGGUCGGCAACUCUGCAUGGAGUAAGCCACAAUCUUUCGAGGCUUUGGGGAGUACUUUCGAAGUCGUCUUCCCAGAUCAAACAGGAAGAUCCGAGUUUCACUCUGGUGUCUCUGUUGCCGAAGGCGAAGGCAAGUACAAGAUGACCAAGGUGGUCACUAUUGCUCCUAGAUUUAUUCUCAAGAGCAAGCUCAACGAAGACAUUUUGGUACGUGAGCCAGGAUCUUCGAACGUUCUUCAAAUCCGGAGCGGAGAAUUAGUGCCUCUGCAUUUCCUCCGUCAAGUUGCAGAGAAGCAACUCUGUCUGUGCUUCCCUGGCGUGAACAACCAAUGGUCCUCUCCUUUCAACAUCGCAGAUGUCGGCACUGUCCACGUCAAAUUAGCCAAGGCGCAGCAGCGCCAGAAGCUUAUCAAGAUUGACGUUGUUCUCGAGGAUGCGACACUCUUUCUUCACUUCAGUUUUGAAUCCAGGAACUGGCCCUUCUCCAUGCGCAAUGAAAGUGAUAUGGAAUUCAUUUUCUUUCAAGCCAACCCCAAUGUGGAAGAUGAUGAAGAUGAUCGAACAAGCGGCUGGAGACCUAUUCGCUAUCGCCUACCCCCUCGGAGUAUCAUGCCGUAUGCAUGGGACUACCCGGCAACUAAGAACAAAUCCCUUGUUCUGACUUGCCAAGGCAAGGAACGACAUAUCAAGCUCGCCGAAAUCGGUAACUUAAUUCCCAUGCGAAUCCCACCCUCGAGACCUGGCGAAUACCAACGAAUCAUUGAUAUCAACAUUGUGGCGGAUGGUCCCACUCAAACUCUUGCUCUGUCCAACUUCAAACCUUCCAAGAGUAUCUACAAACAGCAAAAGGGCCAGACGUCGCAGAGCAGUAUAAGUACUGGGUUUGAAGUCAAAGAGAUGAACUCGGAUGUGACAUUCAAAGCUCAGCUUCGCUUGGGUGGUAUCGGUAUAUCUUUGAUCAAUCAGAACUUAAAGGAGCUUCUCUACCUCACCUUCCGAGAAAUUGAGAUCAAGUUCCGGGAAUCUGCCUUGUAUCAGACACUCAACGCGACUAUCAAGUGGAUCCAAAUCGAUAACCAGUUGUAUGGAGGAAUCUUCCCGAUUCUUCUAUACCCUAGUGUGGUGCCUAAGACUGGCAAGGAGAUGGAGGCCCAUCCGAUCUUCCAUACUAUGGUGACACGAGUCAAGGAUGAUACCUAUGGUGUUCUUUACAUCAAGUAUGCUACUAUUCUUUUGCAACAGAUGACUCUCGAGCUAGACGAAGACUUUGUCUUUGCUAUGCUUGAUUUUGUCAAGAUCCCUGGGGCGUCUUGGACUGUGGAACAGGAGGGUAAACUCUGCGAUGAAGACCUGAAAAUCCCCGAGCCACAGCAAAGUGAUAACGGCCAAGACGUCUACUUUGAGCUUCUCCACCUGCAGCCCAUGCAGCUUGACAUUUCGUUCAUGCGUACGGAGCGUGUCAACGUGGAGGAUGCCAUGCAGCCUUCCAGCCCUCUCAUGUUCAUAGUGAACGUGAUGACCAUGUCGAUGGGUAAUGUCAAUGAUGCUCCUAUCCGACUGAACGCCUUGAUGCUGGAAAACGCCCGUGUGUCAUUCGGGAGGUUGGUCAGCAAUGUGCAGGCCCACUACACACAAGAGUUCGUGCGCCAAGUCCAUGUCAUCCUUGGAUCUGCGGAUUUCCUGGGCAAUCCGGUUGGUCUUUUCAAUACUCUUGGCUCCGGCGUGGCGGAUAUCUUCUACGAGCCGUAUCAAGGCCUGGUCAUGACGGACCGACCCCAAGAGCUAGGCGUUGGCAUUGCAAAGGGUGCCACUAGCUUCCUCAAGAAAUCCGUUUUCGGAUUCUCUGAUAGUAUGGCCAAGUUCACUGGAAGCAUGUCGAAGGGUCUUGCUGCUGCUACACUCGAUAAAGAAUUCCAAGACCAACGCCGAAUGUCCAAGUCUCGAAACCGCCCCAAGCAUGCCCUCUAUGGAAUCACAGCAGGUGGGAAUGCAUUCGCAACCAGUUUGGCCAGUGGAAUCGGAGGCUUGGCUCGCCACCCCCUCCAAGGAGCUGAGAAGGAAGGAAUGGCCGGCUUCAUUAAGGGUGUUGGAAAGGGUGUUUUAGGUCUUGCCACCAAGCCUGCUCUUGGUGCCUUUGAUCUUGCCUCCAAUCUUGCUGAGGGAGUCCGGAAUACCACCACUGUCUUCGAUGCCGACGGCUUGGAUCGUGUUCGUCUUACCAGAUUUAUUGGCACUGAUGGCAUCGUUCGACCAUAUUCCCAACGAGAAGCCCUCGGACAGUUCUGGAUGAAGACCACUGAUAAUGGAAAGUAUUUCAACGAGGAUUACAUUGCCCAUUUGGAACUUCCUGGUCGCGAUAUGCUGGUCAUGUUGACCUACACGCGCAUCAUGCUUGUGCGCACCAAGAAACUCGAAACGGAGUGGGACAUCCGAUUAACCGAUAUUCAAACAAUCUCGAAGGAGCGGACAGGGAUGAGCAUCACGCUCAAAGGUGGAGCCAAUGGUCCGUUCAUUCCAGUUCAGGAUGAAAGCUCUCGGAACUGGCUGUACAGACAGAUUGCCAUUGCGGUGAAUGCUUUUAACGAGAAAAACAAUACUCGAGGAUAA